AUGUGGCUGUUCUUGUUCCUGGGUCUAGCUGCGGCCUUUAACAAUCCUCCUGGCGUGGACAUUUGGUGCGGCAAGGCCUACCAAUCGACCAAUGCCUCGUUCGAGCCCGGAGGCUGGUUGGAUAGUCCAGCUCGAUCUGCUGUGCCUCUUCUAGAUCUGAAAGUCCGCCCGCGCAUGAAUCUGUAUGCUCCCGGCGAUGACAAGGGGUCUUUUAUUGUUGAUGCGGAGAUCUCAUACAUCCACGGUGAACCCUUGGAGACCGAAGGCCAUGGGUGCCAGGGUCUCCAUAUUGAAAUCUCCGUAGAGGGAGCUCAAUUGCACCUGAAGCACUCGGUAACUGUCAAUACAUCAUCAAAUGAGCUGGAGUUUCCCCUACAGGGACUUGCUCCACGAUUUGAGCCCUACCGUGUAAACCUCAAAGCCAAUCGCCAAGAUGGUAGUCGCGUCUACACUGCAACCACGGAACUCUACCGUUUACCAGAGCGGACAGACGGCGGUAGCAUAACGAAGCUGGACAGUCUCUACGGCGGGCUUCUGGUCCAGGAUUCCACCAAGGAUUCGUCAUGGAGUUCUUUACUACCAUACUCCUACUACGUCAGCUGGGACGGCUGGCUCGAGAAGUCCCUGAGCAACGUACAAAGGUUCAAAGACCAAGGCUACAAUAUCAUCCACGUUGUACCCAACGCAGGACUCGCCAAUGAAGCCUUCAACUUCACCGAAUUCGAUACAUUCCUGGACAAGUGCGACGAAAUCGGACUGUGGGUGAUGUACGACAUGCGUUGGACCUACCAGAACCUCAGCUCAGUCCGGUACCAAGUCGAUCUACUUAAAACACACAAAAGCAUGCUCCUCUGGUACACAGGUGACGAACCUGAUGGUCACGGCGACCCACUGAAUGCGACCAAGAUUACCUACGACCUGAUCAAAUCGCUGGACCCAUGGCAUCCCGUUUCUCUGUGCCUGAACUGCUACAACUUCUACUAUGAAGAGUAUUCCUCUGGAGCCGAUAUUGUCCUGUCAGAUGUAUACCCCAUCGCCGUCAACACGAGUUGGUCCACGGUCUAUGACACGGUCUGCAACACCACGUAUGGCUGCUGUGGCUGCGAUGACUGCCAUGGGGACAUGGAGGAUAUCUCGACUAGGCUGGAUAUCUGGACUGAAUAUCAAUCCUGGCUUGGGAGAGGACCGAAGACCUUUUGGGGCGUGCCAAUGGCAUUUGGGAAUCAGUCCUACUGGACCAGGUUUCCCACUGCGGCGGAGGAGGUGACCAUGACCAUGCUGAAUUUGAAUCACAAUGCCAAGGGGAUCGUGAUGUGGGAUUACCCGACUAGCAGUGAGCUUUCUAACAUCACGAGUAAGCUGAGUCGGGUGCUUGCAAGUGACGAGGUUGCUCGGUUCUUGCUGGGUGCUUCUACAGUUCCUCUGUCGGUGACGGGGCAUUCCAAAAUGGAUGUUUCUGGUUGGAAAGUUGGGAACAGGAUGUUGAUCAGUAUUCUGUCACUACAGACACCUUCGUGGUCAUCGUCUGUAUCGAUUGAGUUACCUGCUGGUGCUUGUGCUGUUAAGGAAGUGCUCUGGGGGUCUGGAGAGUGGGAAUUGGACGCAGGUGGACUUGUCAAAAAGGGGGGACAUGCACUAGAGACGGAUAUUAUCGUUGUCGAGUUUGAUAGAGCAAUCCCAUUAGACCACUUCGAGACCACCGAGUAG